AUGCCGAUAGAAAUUCACCCCGGCUUGGACGGGGAUGCGGCUCGCUUUGCUGAGAUCGAGCAUGUGGCAUACAAGGACAACCCCAUGGAACCAGUCUUGUUCCCUGGCCCGUUUCCCAAGGAAGUCCUGACGAAACGGGGUGAAGACCUUUUGAAGAGCAAGAACGAGGACCCUCAGAUUCGCUGGGUCAAGGCCAUCGACACGGACACGGAUGAAGUGGUAGGCUGGGCGCAGUGGCAAAUAAUCGACGGACCAAAGGCUGUUGCUCCAGAAAAACGCACAUUUGGCCAAGGCUGCAAUGUUGAGGCUUGUGAAGAAUUCUUCGGUGCCAUUCACAAAACCCGACAUGAGCUCAUGGACGGCAAGCACCAUGCACUGCUCAAUCUGCUUCAGACCGACCCGAAACACAGAAGACGCGGGGUUGGAGGCUUGUUGCUUGAAUGGGGAAUUCAGGUCGCUGACGAGCUUGGGAUCCCAGCUUAUCUCGAAUCCUCACCCAUGGCCCACAGCCUUUACGAGAAGUACGGAUUCAAGGACGUCCAUAUCUUUGAAAUGGACCCUAAGUUUAACAUCCCAUCCAAUGCUGAUCCGAGAAUAUGGUUCAUGAUCCGAGAUGUCCCUAUCAAACCUUAA